CAGCCCCUAAACUACCCGAGGUGUUUUCAGAAGCCUAAGCAAUCUUGGUCGUCCCACGUAACUGCCCUCCUGCCAGACACUUCUGUUCAGGUCCCAAACACCAGCAUUCCCAAGCUGACGGGCACCUUAUCUCUUCACUGAGUCAAGACAACCUUCUCUCCAUCUCAUACUCCAGGCCCCGAGAAAACCCACAAAAAAAAUGCUCGGGAUGUAUCCUGCUGCUGGGAAUGCGAUGCUGGAAAAGGGCCUUCUUGAAGAGGACAAAUUCAAACCCAACACUGGCAUACUCGGGCGAGCAACGAGCCUUCUACGACCUUCCUUGGGAUGGGUAGGACGUCAACGAAGCAACUCUGGCAAGAAGCUCCAUAAGACUGCCUAUCUAGAUGGUUUGAGAGGAUUUGCGGCCUUCAUGGUCUACUGCCUCCACCACCAAGUUUGGGGUCACGCUGGCAUCAAAGGAGAAUUCAUUCUCGAGAAUGCCUGGGGCUGGGACAAUCAAUACUAUUUCAUCUGCUUGCCGGGCAUCCGCCUCUUCUUUUCAGGAGGGCACUUUGCUGUGGCCAUAUUCUUCGUCAUUUCAGGCUAUGUCUUAUCAGCGAAACCUCUGAGCUUGAUCAGUGCCGGCGACACGACGCAACUUGCCAACAACCUCGGUUCAGCCUUGUUCAGGCGAUGGAUGCGGCUCUUCAUCCCCGUCUUUGCCACCACCUUCGUCUGGAUGUCCACAUGGCAUAUCUUUGGCAUAUAUUCCAGCAACCCCAUAGCUCAGAAACCGGAGAAAAACUGGAGGGAUGAGGUCUGGAUGUGGUAUUGCGCUGUGAAGAACUUCAGCUUUGUCUUCCAGGGUGAACCAUGGCUUGUUUACAACGACCAUACAUGGUCGAUCCCCAUGGAAUUUCGGGGCUCGAUCGUCGUGUACACCUCACUGCUCGCUUUUGCUCGUUGCAGCAGAAACUGCCGACUCUGGUGCGAAGCAGGCUUGAUCCUCUACUUCAUCUACAUUGUCGACGGCUGGUUUUGCGGGCUCUUUGUCAUGGGGAUGUUACUCUGCGACCUGGACUUGCUGGCACAAAAGAAUCAACUGCCGGGAGUCAUAUCCAGCUUGAAACCUGCAAAGACCUACAUUUUCUAUACCUUAUUUGCAAUCAGCCUCUAUCUCGGCGGCAUUCCUUCGAUCACCAACGACCUGCCACAUCUUCGGAACUCGCCGGGCUGGUACUACUUGUCUUUUCUGAAGCCUCAAGCAUUCUGGGACUUCAGGUGGUUCUAUCGAUUCUGGGCUGCCACGUUCCUGGUGGCUUCACUCCCACAUAUACAUUGGCUACGGGGCAUCUUCGAAACGAGGAUAUGUCAAUACCUCGGCAAAGUCUCAUUCGGCUUCUAUCUAGUCCACGGUCCUGUCCUAUGGUCCCUGGGAGACAGGGUCUAUGCCAUGGUGGGAAGGGUUCGAGAUGAGCAUUCUACUGUUUGCCCUCAAUGGGUCAACCGCUUUGCAUUUCCGAGCUGGGGGCCGUUUGGCCUUGAGAUGAACUACCUUCUUGCCCAUUUGAUCUUACUGCCGGUGACUCUCUGGCUUGCGGAGCUCGUCACCGUUCUCUUUGAUGAACCCAGUGUGAAGUUUGCACAAUGGGCAUACAAGAGGACUCUGGAACCCGGGGAGCCAUGCGAUUCCAAAUCGCGAUCAGACGUCUGGGGAAAGGCUUGAUUUUUGCGCUUCAUUCAAACAAAGUGAGAGAAAAGAUACCCCAAGGGUUCCAGCUACUUGGGUCCGUGGGCAUCAUCGUCAACGUCAAACGUCACAUGAAGCUCUGACAGUCAGACAAAGUCGAGCUCGGGCCCAAGUACCCUUCAAAAAAUGCUAUGACCACCCGAGAUCUGCGACGUCAUGGGAACUUUUUUAUAUCGACAUGUAGGAAACGUGAAAACCUUUGCAACCGCAAUCAAACUGUUUAUAGGGUUAGGGACUUCGCCUGUCGAUCCGAGCGGCACGUUGCAAGCCGCUUCAGCGAGGUUGGUCGGAGGGAGAUUUCUCGCCCGCAGAUCGAUCAUCUCGAGGAACUCUGUGCUCCUCCAGAGGUCGCUUGCGCUGAGUGGCUAAAUCCUUGGUAGCAUUCAAACCUCGUUGGCGUCGUAGCGGUACGCCCGGCUCUGUCAAGCAUCUUGGGUUCCUGCCACAGCACGAACGCCUCAACUGCAAGCUUUCAGCAACAAUAAUUCCACCUUCCCAGAAUAGCCCCCACUGUAAUAAUGAGUCUGGCAGCACCGG